CUCCCCACUCCUCCCGCCUCUUCGGGAGCCGAAGGGUGAAGAUGUAUCAGUAUUUCUAAAGAACGAAAGGUCUUGCUACCUGUAGGUCGAGUGAGGUGCCCUCGAAAUCGGCCGCAUAUAUGCUCAAGGCGAGAGGGCGGGGAAGGAGUUCCUGAAUCCAGUACAUUGGAAUGUCGUCUUGCACUUACUUGAGGUCGGGAAUUAUUAAAUUGGGGCUUGCGAACUACACCGGGAGAAAGAGAAUCAUGAUUCAGCACGCAAAUGAAUGCCAAGCAUGGUCAGUGAGUCAAAGGACCGGCCGAAAAUAACCAGGGGCGCAGGAAUAGACUCAUGGCGGCGGCAAACAUUGACUCACUGAAGUUGAGGGGUGACUGGCCUCUCCACCUGCAGGAGACUGUCACCUGCAAACGUCCAUUGGCCACAUCAGAAAGCUCAGUAUGAGGUCAGACUCAGGCUGUGCCACUGCCCUCGGCCCCAGGGCAAUUGCCACCUGCAGGGAGGGGGUGGCAGCAUGCGGAGAAGGCACGAGGAGGACUUGUGUGUGUCACCCACAUUCCAGCUCAGGCCCCGAGUAUACAAACAGGAAGCUGGUUCCCUUCCUGCCUUCCGUGUGACAAGCACUGUGAUCGGAAGAGAGGGUGGGGUGUCAAGGACCCAUAACCACUGAACUUCACAGCAACGUGAUAAUGCGAGGUUAUGUGACCCCUUUCAACCCUGCAUCCCUAGAACCGACGGCUGUGUCCAGCAAAUAAAUGCUCAGUCAAUGCCUGCCAAAUGGAUACAGUUAUAGAGUCACAGCGGGCAACCAUCAUAGACUGGGCGUUGUAAUAGGGCUUCACUAUGAGAUGUUUGAAGGAAGACUUCAACCCCCAGCCGAAGGAGAAAUAAGACAUCUCUGAGUUUACCUCUCUUGCAAGAAAUCCACACUCAUUGUUCGCUUUCCAUCCCCUUAGAGCAGUAAGCCCAUGCCUGCGAGGAGGGGGUGUAUCAACAGAAUCGAGUGUCAAGCGCACGUGGAAAGUGUCCUUGAGAUGUGCAAACUCACCUCCCCUGCAAACACCUCCACCGCUGCCGCCGUCCUCCUCGGGGAGCCUGCGUCAGCGAGUCUUCCUGGAGUCCCGCCCCCUGGAGUCUGCGGGCGCCGAUUGGUCGAAGAUUCUCUCCAGACCUCUGAAGUGCCGCCAUGUCUGAGGAUACUGCAUCUUCCUCAGAACAGAACAAUAGCAGCAAUCAAACCACAGCCUCCAAUCUUCGACUGUCCAAGAAGAUAUGUUCGUGGGCAUCCUACAUGACCAACUCCCCGACGCUCAUUGUUAUGAUUGGCUUGCCAGCCCGGGGCAAGACCUAUGUGUCCAAGAAACUCACACGUUACCUCAACUGGAUUGGAGUGCCCACCAAAGUGUUUAAUCUUGGGGUAUAUCGGCGUGAAGCAGUCAAGUCCUAUAAGUCCUAUGACUUCUUCCGGCACGACAACGAGGAGGCCAUGAAGAUUCGCAAACAGUGUGCUGUGGUGGCACUAGAAGACGUUAAGGCGUAUCUCACCGAGGAGAGCGGGCAGAUUGCGGUGUUUGAUGCCACCAAUACAACUAGGGAGAGGAGGGACAUGAUUUUGAACUUUGCCGAGGAGAACUCCUUCAAGGUGUUCUUUGUGGAAUCUGUGUGUGAUGAUCCUGAUGUCAUUGCUGCCAACAUCCUGGAAGUAAAGGUAUCCAGCCCUGAUUACCCUGAAAGGAACAGGGAGAAUGUGAUGGAGGACUUCCUAAAGAGAAUUGAGUGCUACAAAGUCACCUAUCAGCCCCUUGACCCAGACAACUAUGACAAGGAUCUUUCUUUCAUCAAGGUGAUCAACGUGGGCCAGCGGUUUCUAGUGAACAGAGUCCAGGACUACAUCCAGAGCAAGAUAGUCUACUACCUCAUGAAUAUCCACGUCUAUCCCCGCACCAUUUACCUUUGUCGGCACGGGGAGAGCGAGUUCAACCUCCUGGGGAAGAUUGGGGGCGACUCUGGCCUCUCGGUGCGGGGCAAACAGUUUGCCCAAGCUCUCAAGAAGUUUCUGGAGGAACAGGAGAUAGCAGAUCUCAAGGUGUGGACGAGCCAGUUGAAGAGGACUAUCCAGACUGCGGAGUCGCUGGGGGUGACCUAUGAGCAGUGGAAGAUUCUGAAUGAGAUUGAUGCUGGCGUGUGCGAGGAGAUGACCUACGCAGAGAUUGAGAAGCAGUACCCAGAGGAGUUCGCACUUCGGGAUCAAGAGAAAUAUCUGUAUCGCUAUCCUAGCGGGGAGUCGUACCAGGACCUGGUGCAGCGGCUGGAGCCUGUCAUCAUGGAGCUGGAGCGCCAGGGCAAUGUCCUCGUCAUCUCCCACCAGGCUGUCAUGCGCUGCCUCCUGGCCUACUUCUUGGAUAAGGGUGCAGAUGAGCUACCGUACUUGAGGUGCCCUCUCCAUACCAUCUUCAAACUUACUCCUGUGGCCUACGGGUGCAAAGUGGAAACGAUCAAGGUCAACGUGGAGGCUGUGAACACUCACCGAGACAAGCCAGCGGCAAAGACCUCGCUGGCGGUGCCUAGACGCUCCUCUCCGGCCUCCCUCCCAGCGCUCUCCUGAUACGGAAGCUGAGGCCAGACCUCCUGGGGGGAUUGGGAUCUGCUGGAAAACUUGGAUGUCAGCACCACCAGGGCUUGAUCGAGAAGUGAAGUGGGGAUUGAACACUUGGCACCACCAAAAUGGGGCCUGGAAAAGCAUCACCACAUUUCUCCCCCUCAUGCCUAAUGGGAAUAUCAGUUACACCGAAAAACUUAACUUUCUUUGUGCCUCCAAAUAUUAACAGCCUGAACCGGUUCAUUUUUUUUUUUUUAUGAUCUCUUUGCCAUGUUUGGCCCAAGUUGGCCAAUCUGGCUCUGUUUCGGUAUCUAGCACCCUACCUGUGACUGUCUCUAGCUGGCUAUUUUUUGUCUAAGGUGCAAAUACACCUCUCAGAUUUAAUUGUUUCCAGGUGAGAGGGCUGAACCCCCGUAAGUCUUUUCUGUGCUGUAUGAGCUGGUCUCCCAUCCUUUCCAGGUGAGCAGGAUUGGAGUACAAUUUACAUAGGUUAGCAUUCACUUAUUUCACAUUGCAAACAGACAAAUUCACCAGGUGAAUGGAGGGUAUGUGAGUAAUGCAGUCCCUGAACUGUCUCUCCCGUGGUGAUGGGAGAGUGGUGUCCACAGCAACCUUUUCCUUUAGAGAAGUUUGCUGGCUCCAGGCCCCUCAAGGGCAGGAUCUGACUGCAAGACUCCCCCAAAUGGGUGCCUGUCUUCUAGGCUCUCUGUAGCUGCUGUGUUUUCUACCUGAUGCUGCGUGCCUCUCAGGGCUGAAGAGGCCAAUGUUCUCCGUGGUGAUUGGGAAUGAGGGCUGAAGAGAAAAGCAGGGUGCCCUUUCCAUCACAUGAAGAGAUAAAGAAGACUCCUUGGGAAUCAACUCUACCGGGGAGUUCUUUUGAUUUCAAAACAGGUACCCUUCUUUGGGGUUUGUCACCAAGACAUGGUCUCUUAAGAAAGCUGUGGCCGUGACUUUAAGAGCAGCUGGUGUUCUGACGCCUGCCUCUUAGCUAGUUGUCUCUGUUUUGGUCUACCUGUCUCAUGUAAAACAUUGGAGGUGCAGGGGAACCAAACCCUUAGUCAGCUGGUUUCCCUUAAAGAUAAGCCAGAUAAUUAUCCCCUAGAUCAGUGAUUAUCAAAUAUGCAAACAUGUCUCUGUAGAUACUCAUGUCACUCCCUGAAAGAGGAUGAUAGCUCCAAAGGAUAUUAUUAUAUCUUACACUCAAAAUCAUUGCUUUUUUUCCUUUUCUUUCAAGAAUGGUAAGUUUUUAAGCUUUUACAUUUUUGAUUCCUUUUCACUCAGAUGCCCACUUGCUGGGCAAGAGGGUGAGUAGCCAGAAGAGUAAUGAAAUGUAGCUUUUUUCAAAUGGUUCUUUUAUACUGUGGUUGAUACGGGGCUGUUACCGAAGAUGUGAUGAGCUGGGCUGCAGGCAGUUCAGCAUCCAGCACCUGGGAGCUGCUUUUAUAUGCACGAAGCUGCCUUCAGAGAGGCUCCUGACUCUGCUCUGUAGCAGGUGAUUUUCAUCUCGCUGCCGGGAGCAUGCUCUACUGUACUGGCUGUGUUCUUGGAAUGCAGGUGUCUCUCUGCAUCUAUGUACACUGUCUUUUGAUGAUCAGAUAAUUUGUUAUUUAGUUAUUUAUUCAUCCAUGUAAGGUAUUUUUUCAAGUCUCCAUAGUAGUGUUUGCAUGUAUUUAAUCAGAAUGUACGGUCAUUUGUGUUGUCAUUUUUUUUUUUUUUGGGGUAGAAAUUGAGAUCGUUGGAGCAUUCAAGUCUAUUGUUCAUAGUAUUACCUUAAAUUAAAUUUCCAGAAUAUAGAUAUCUGUCUUCUGUAAAAAGCUAAUAACUAUGUUAAAGCACAGCGGAUUUCUUUGAAUACUGUUUUGCUCAUAAAUUUUUAUCUAUAAAUCAAGAGAUGCAUUUCUCUGCACAAAAGUUGAUCUCCUCGAUCAAUAAAAUCAUGCUGAAAUAUGUAA